AUGAGCCCUUGCCGACUGCUAUUCCCAGGUGCUGUUUUGAGACCAUGGCCACGUGGGGCAUCGACCUUUCCCAAGACUGUGUCUUCCCUCUAUCUCUCUGGUUGCAAACCACCGAAGCUGCUUGUUUUAGCUGGCAGCAUCGCAGCUGUCAUGGACGCAAAAGCAGGAGAUGAUAUGAAGCCUCUGACUCUGGAGUCAAAACAUGUGCUGCCCUGGUGCUGGGGUUCAUGGAAUGCUCAGUAUGGCUCUGUCUUUGGUGUUGUGACCCAGGUAGGUGCAACGCCCUACAAAAUCAUCCAAAGAAGCAACGUUGUCACUGUGGGCAUGCACAGGCAGCUGCACAGGAGUUUGUCACAGUGUACCUGGGUGAAGAACGACCAGAAAAAAAGUCUGUGCUUCAGUGCCAAAAAAUGGUGA